AUGUCUAAGUUCCAAGAGCUUUAUACCUAUCAAGAGCACAACUCUAUUGAGUAUAUACUCCAGAAAUGCAGAAAAAGGAUAAGCAAAGGCUCUACCUCUAAAUCAGUUCUUGAUCGACUGUAUCACGAUUUAUUUAAAUAUACCAGUCCAUUACAAAGGAACUCGAACAUGGUGGAGCCACGUCGGAUAUUCAACACUACCAUGAAAAGAGUCAUUGACGGAAUUGAUGAUCUCGAAAUGUUUAAUCAACUUAUUCAACAUAUUCGAGACAAUAAAAAUGAGCGAGAUAUUUUACAAUUAGCUAUUGACCUUGGAACUAAAUUUAUAACUAAAUCAUCGAUGGAUACAAAGGAUAGUCUGAUUACAUGGAAAAGAAACACUACAGAAAUACUUGGCUUUGGCAAAACUGUCGAACAACUAAAUGAUAUUUUGAAGAAAGAAUUACAAGACAACAUAUUCUGUGUUAUCCCUAAUUUCUGGGACAAUUUCUUCGUAGGAAAGGAAUGGACUGAUCAGGCUUCCCGAAUCUGGGAAAGCUAUGAAAAGUAUGAAAUAGCUGAGAAGCAACUAAGAUCAAAAGAACUAGAGGGAAAAAAUUCCUCUAAAGAUGUCGAGGAACAGAAAACACUCCAUGGAGCCAAGGAAGAGAAGAUCCUUGAAGAAAACAUGACGGAAAGUGAGAUAUGGGACUGGCUUUACUUCUUCGAGGAAAACUUCUUGAAGCAGCUCAAAUGCCACUCGUCAAGAUCAACCAAAUAUCCCGUAGUAAUAGAAAGUAAGGGCUCCCUCAUACGAGGAAGGUACUGUCGCACAAAUAGUACGCAACGUUCUGAUGAGUCUGAGGGUAAGACUCAGAUUGACUUCUUGAUUAAAAGUGUUGAUUUACCCAAUGAUGAUGUCGACUGGAAAAAUAUGAAUGUGGGAGGUGAGUUCUCAAUAUCGCCUAGCAAACAAGUGAGGAAGGACAAGUUUCUCCAGCUUUCGAGAUGUGUUCGGGAAGCAUAUUGUGCUCAGCCCCUGCGUCGGUUUAUGCACGGGUUUCUCAUGUUCAAAGAAGAAUUUGAACUAUGGGUUUUUGAUCGCUCAGGUGCUUACAGCUCUGGCAGAAAAAGUAUAGCAGAUGCCAAAGAGAUGUUCGUGCGAGCAAUAUGCUCGUAUUUACUGAUGAGCGAUGAAGAACUCGGCCGUGACUUGUCAAUCUCGAAGAUCAAUGGACAGUCAGCAGUAAGAAUAAAAGGUGACAAUGAAGAAUCGAUUCAGUUAUUUGAUGUCAAAUCUUAUCCUGUUGUGCGACCAAGGAGCCUGAUCAACCGAGCCACAACCUGCUAUGAAACGCAGAACAAAUCAUCGAUGAUAAAGUACUCGUGGAGCAGGUCUGAAACUAACGCUGAAGUUCAAUUUAUGAAGGAUGCACUUACAGUACCCGGUGUUGUGAAAUACAUAACAUCAGAUCUAGUUUACCAGACAAAUAAUCACCUGGGAAGCCUCAAUCUUUCCGACGCCCAGCCUUGUGACUUAAAAGCUGAAGAAAUAAUAAUCUCCCCAGGCACUAAUUACCACAAUAUGGCCCUACCAUCCUUGGAGAGAAAUCGCUUUCUCUUCAGGAUUGUCAUGACACCUUGCGGCAGAAAAAUUAACUCCAGUGGUUCGAUCCUUGCUUUUGUCGUCGGAAUCCGAGAUGCAAUCAAGGCCCACCAGGCGCUUGUUGAUAAGAAUAUUCUACAUGGAGACAUUUCGGAUGGAAAUAUUAUCUUGAUAGAUCCAACUUUAGAUAAAGACUGCCAUGGUCUCUUGAUUGACUUCGACUGCUCAGUAAGAUUGAAAGAUAAUGUGGCUGAAGAUGAUGAACGGUUCUUAACAGGCACCCUGAAGUUCAUGGCACUCGAGAGAUUAUUCUCUGAUGGAAAACCAAAGGCUAUUCGACGGACUUAUCGCCAUGACUUAGAAUCCUUUUUCUAUGUGUUCAUCGUAGGAUCCAUAGAAUAUGAAUUCGUCAAUGGUGGAAUGUCACACAAUCUGGAUGAUUGGUGUGUGAAUAUAAUCAAGCAGUGCUACUCAAAUAAACGUGUUCAUAUAUAUGAAUUCCCUACGCUCCUCAACAUGUUCACGCCCAGUUUCAAAGAACUUAAGCAGUUAGCUAAGAAUUUACGAACGAUUCUAUUUGAAGAGGAUGGAAGCUAUAUCUCAACCCCCAAUGACCGUGGAUCGCUAUACCGGAGAAUGAUCGAAGCGUUUGAUGACACAAUCGAGGACAUAAAAGCUGGAAAGAUCAAGAAUCCAACUUUCAUAGCACGUCGACAAUAG